AUGGCGACGGAUGAUGAGCUGGAAUUGGCUGCCCGGUCGGUCAGCUGGCUUUGCCGCAAUUGUGGCGAAAAUCUACUGCUGUCUGCCGAUCGGUACACGGACCCAAAUGUGACGUCGUAUUCCCGAAUGCUGACUGACGUUUCCGGUGAUCAAAUAAUAGUUGGAGCAAGAGAUUACCUGUUGCGGUUUUCGCUGCAGCUGAAGCUAUUCGAACGUGUACCAUGGGAAGUUCCGGCGUACCAGCGUAGCAUCUGCCUUCAGAAGGGCCAAUCAGAGGACGCCUGUCGAAACUACGUGAUGGUACUGCAGAGCUUUGGCAACCAGGUGUACGCGUGCGGCACACACGCCUUCAGUCCGCGGUGCACCGUACGCCACAUGGAGGACCUGUCGGUGACACGCGAGGACGAUGGAGUGGCCAAAUGUCCGUUCAAUCCAAACGCCAACAUGACGGCUCUGAUGUCCGACUCCGGUCAGCUGUUUGUCGGGUCGGCAACUGACUUCUCGGGGCUCGAUUCCGCUAUCCUACGCUCUGACGUGACACGCAACAGCUCGCGUAUCCUGCGCACGGUCCAGUACAACUCGUAUUGGCUUAAUGAACCACAGUUCGUGGGUAGCUUCGAGCACGGUGGCUUCAUCUACUUCGUGUUGCGUGAGGCAGCCGUCGAGUACAUGAACUGCGGCAAGAUCAUCUACUCACGGGUGGCGCGAGUGUGCAAAAACGAUCCCGGCGGUACACCCGGCAUCCUGAAGGACAACUUGACGUCCUUUGUGAAGGCACGGCUCAACUGCUCACUGCCAGGUGACUACCCGUUCUACUACAACGAGGUGCAGGGCAUGGUUUAUUCGCCCGACGAGAGUGUCCUCUACGCGACCUUCACCACACCGGAGAACAGCAUCCAUGGAUCGGCCAUCUGCGCGUACAACAUGACUGCCAUCCAGGCCGCCUUCGAUGGUCCGUUUAAGCAUCAGGAAUCGAAGGGAACGGCAUGGCGUGGACACGAAGUAGGCACUCGCGAUCACUACGAGUGUCGCGGAGCGGGUGCUAACGGCCGUCACGUGUCCUUGAUCGAAUCCUCCAAGUAUCAGCUCAUGGAUCAAGCGAUCCAACCGAUGACCGGUCGUCCGUUACACCACACGGCCCUCGAACGAUUGAACCACAUUGCGAUCGAUGUCAUUCCAACGAAGCUACAUGAACGCGUGCACAUCAUCUAUGCUGCGACGGACGCCUGUACGAUUAAGAAGAUAUCCGUUCUGCCCCGGACAAAGGACACGUGCGUCAUCGAGGUUUGGCAGCCGGAAGAAGAACAUCCUGGCUCGUGCAUUCGAGCACUGCAGUACGUUAAGGACACGGAAUCGCUGUAUGUCGGCACGGACCGAGCGUUGAUGCGAAUUCCGGCGAACCAUUGUGGUCGGCAUUUGUCCCGCGCUAGCUGCCUAAACUCGAUGGAUCCAUACUGCGGCUGGAACGAACUGCAGGAAGCGUGUACAGUCGCACCGAACGGGGACACGCUGGCUCGUUACUGGGUGCAGAAUGCGACCGAGUGUCCCGUGCUGACGGCACCCGUCGAUGGUGGAUGGUCGGCCUGGUCCGCUUAUUUCCGCUGUGCACAAUCACCCGGUCCAGGUGCAGUGGGAGGAUCCGGCACUUCCGGCGGUAGCAACGGUGGUGAAGAUUUCGGUCCAAACGCGGACUCGUGCCUGUGUCGAACGCGUACCUGCAACAACCCACCACCGAAGAAUGGAGGCCGUGGAUGCACCGGAAUGCACGUGUCCGUCACCAACUGUACCGUGCACGGUGGUUGGACGGAUUGGUCCGCGUGGUCAGCGUGCUCACAAACGUGUGGAAUGGCGGUGAAAACGCGACGGCGUACCUGCGGCAAUCCGAAACCAGCCCAUGGAGGACGUGUGUGCGUUGGUCCCGAUCGAGCCGAGAUCUACUGCUCUCAUCUGCCACCCUGUCCGGCACCGAAACAACCGCCCGUGGAUGGAGGCUGGGGUCCGUACGGGGACUUUAGUGAAUGCAGCGCGAUCUGUGGAGGAGGAUAUCGCAUCCGACGGCGCAAGUGUGACAAUCCGAUCCCUCAGAACGGUGGAAUGGACUGCUCCGGGUGUCACUUUGAUUACGAGGUGUGUAACAGCCAGGCAUGCCCGGAUGUCCGGAAGGCUGGCACGUGGACACCGUGGCUAAUUGUGGCCAAUGGGACGGCACUGAAUGGUGCGUACGUCGAGAAGCGGUUCCGUUUCACGUGCAAGGCUCCGAUCGCUGAUUCGGCGUUGCUUAAGAUCGCCCCGAAGGAGGAGAGUCGCGUGUGCCAAGCGGAUGGAUCCUGCCAGCGUUCGGUCGAUCCAACUGCACUCGCUCCCGGAGCAUCUGGGGAUGACGUCGAGGAUGGUUGGAGCGAGUGGAGCUCGUGGAGUGUGUGUAGUGCAUCCUGUGGGGGUGGAUUCCAGUAUCGGACGCGUUCCUGCGAACGGCACGAUUGCAUCGGGUUCAACAAAACCAAGCGAGCUUGCAACACCCAACCCUGCCGAGGUGAAUGGGGAUGCUGGACGGAUUGGUCACCGUGCUCGGUUAGCUGCGGAAUUGGAACACGGUCACGAUCACGCCAAUGUCUCUCGAUGUCCGGAAGUGUUACGCCCGAGAACGACUGUGAAGGCAAGAGCGUUCAGUACGAAAGCUGCGAUAUGCCGAGCUGUGACUCCUUCCUAGGAUGGGGUGAGUGGAGCGAAUGGUCGUUUUGUAACGCGGAUAACGAGAAGGUUCGCACGCGCCUCUGCCUUCUGCCACACUCCGUUUCGUCUGCCGGUGAGCUGCCAUGCCAGGGCAGCGAUCGUGAGCUGCGCAAGUGCAGCAUCGAACAAACCAAUGAUGUUCAAAUGCCACCGGUGGCCGCGACCAUGUCGGUCUCUUCCGCUAUCCUUCUCGGGAUCGUGAUAACGAUGGCGUUGGGUUGGGCCGGAAGCAUAUUCGGCGUGGUGUUUUAUAUGAAAAGAAAGACAAAGACCUUGGGUGGAGGUAUCCAAGGAUCACCGUGCUAUGGGUCUCACUUCAAUCAGUACUCGUCGCUACCGACCAAAGACUACACGGACGGUAGCCACAAACCGAAGCGUCAGUCGUCCUUCAAGGGCCCACGAAAUGAUGCAAGUGGAUCGAAGCUUUCCAACGGCACCGGUACGCUGGUGAAGUCGAUCAACGUGAACGGUGGUACGCUCGGUAACAACACGCCGAAAAUUCUGUCGAAAUCCUUCAACGAAACGGACACCGCUACGAUAAAGCGCAACUCGCACGGACCGAACAACAUCCGGCACGCACGCCAGCUCGAAAUGGACGAGGACAAGUACUGACUGGCGGGGAUGAGCGAGCGAGCGGAUCAAACCCGAGGGCUUGCUGAGGGCACGAUGGAACUGAGCGUACUCCUUGACAAUGGCCCGUGAUGGAAGUGCAACCGAUGCACAGGACGUGCACGGAACCGUUUAAACAAUCGACUGUAGCGUAUCAGCAACGGCAAAGUAUUAGGAUAUAAGCGACCUCGAGUGCCGGAGGAAAACAUUUGCAAUGCCGACGUGUGCCAUUAGUAUAAAUAAUGUGUUUAUCUCGUGCGAUCAGCAAACAAAAGACAAAGCUAAAUACGGUAAUUUAGGGCAAUAUUAAAAUGGUUCUAGGACGAAAAAACCAGCUAAAGAAGCAGGACAACGCGCAGUGAGGAGGGACGAGUAUCUGCCAAAGUUUAUUCCACUGUGGAAGCGAUUCGCAACCCGGUCGGAUGGCAGUCGAUUGUAUCGGUAGCUCAUAUUGAGCCUAGAGAUAGAACCAUUUUAACAUAGCGUGUAGGACAUGGGUUGUGCCCGUUCAUGAUCGUUUUGUACAUUGAUCAUCAAUCAAUCACGGGACGUACAUCGAUCGUCCAAGGGGCGCAGUCGCCCAAGUGAAGGGCCAACCAAUCAAAAAGACUUCAGCAAUAUGGAAAAGACAAUUCAAUAGCAUGUAGGGCGCAGUGCGUAGGAAUCAAGGAUAGGACUUAGUUGUGUAACUGUUUCGAUGUAGUUUUGGUUAAGUUGUUGAAGCUUCCACUAACGAUGUGUUCGAUUUCGACGUUGACUUUGAUAGUGAUAAAAGAGCGACAUAGCAUUGUUACUUCAGGCGAAAUAAUUCUGAAUAAAAA